AUGAUGUCAUCCAAGACAGCUGAUAUACUACAAAUAAUUUGGAACGCGAACAAUUAUUUCAAGACAAGGGGAAGGAGGAACUAUACUCACCCGGGGGCCGAGAACGGCCGGCUGUGCAAGUCAGAAUACAGUAAUGUUGGUGGUCUCACUUCUUCUAAGUGUGAUUCUGAAUGGGAGGUAGAGCGCGAAGAGCGAGAGUCGACUGAUCCCAAGAUUCACUAUGGUGUUAUUACCUCUGGGGACUCACUUAUCAAGGAUGCUACCACCCAUGACAAUCUAUCGGAACAACAGCAAUUCCUCUUUGCUGAAAUGGAAGCUACGAGGCUGAUGGAUAAGUUCCUAUGUCUGGCGAUCCGUGGUAUCUGCAACUAUGCAGGCUCACAUAAGAACUGCCGUGGUAACGAUAUGCGGCUGCUACGGCUGCUGCCUUUGCUGUUGAGCUUGUCGACCAUGUCCCGGCUAAGCAAGUCCAAGACACACGAGAAGUCAUCGAGGGUGUCAGGUCAAUUUAGCAGUCGUCCAAUCAUGGAACUAUAUAUCGCUUACGCAAAUGCGCAGUUGAGGAGAAGAUAG